AUGUCUGCCCUGGCGGGACCAGCGGCUCCCAUCGUGGUGCCGAUCGUGGCGGGCGUCGUACUCGCCGUAUGGGUUCAUGACGUGUACCAGCAGUCCUGCGUGGUGCUUCAGCGCUUCAUGACAUAUAUCGUCGACUUGACCCUUGUGUUGCAGACACUUUAUCUUGUGUCGGAAAGCAAGGAACUAUCUCGUAGGGCCAUCAAGCUCGCUGUCGCUGCCUAUCAUGCCUCACCAACGAGCGAAGAAGUUCAUGCUGGAAUUCGGAAGUAUGACCGGGACUUGACACUCCUGGCGCGCGCGGAUCGUGAUGCCUUGGAUAAAAUCAUCGAGUUGAUGCAACUGUAUAGCAUCGAUGCCGCGACAAUUUUCGACCUUCGGAAACAGAUUCCAGCUGUUGGUUCAUUACCGGAUGAAUUGUGGGAAGACGUCAAGGCAUAG